UGCAGGAACCCCUUCAAUUGCGGGCCCUGCAGGGGCACUUUAUUGUUUUUUGGGGAAAGGGCAAAGAGGGCCCAACACCAUUGUUGAGCGUUUAGUUAGCUAGAAAAUAAUAUAAGCUAGUCGUUAAUUGUGAAACAAAGGUCUAAAUAGUGUAGUCGCAUACAACGAACGAGUUAAUCUGUGUGUGAGUCGUGGGACAGUCAGAAGCUGUCUGUCUAGCUACAUUUUGGUGGAGUGUAGAUGGCUUUCUACCUACAGUAGUUGUCAAAGCUAGCUAACUAUGAAUGGGAACGCGUUCGCUGUUUUGGCUGCAAAGAGCUUGAUACUUGGCUAGAAGAAUAGUGAUAGCUAGCUACCUAACUGGGUUGCUUGCGUGAUCGCUUAAUGAUUUCGUAGCUAGCAGCACAGCAGAAACAUUCGAUUAACGUUAGAUAAAUAACUAGCUAGCUAGCCCGGUGGUUAGUAUGCUAGUCUAGCUAACGAUGUAAACAGCUAACUUAGCUAGCUAGCUAACAUUAUUAACUAGCUAACUUUGAGCAGAGGGUCAGUCCCUCUCAGUUGAGCACCGGAUCCUUUUACAUUAUGAAAAACUGUGAGUACCAGCAAAUUGACCCACGGGGACUUUCAACACCCUCGUCAACGCAACCCUGUAACGUUACCGAAAAUAAUGUGCAGAGCCGGCCUCGAAGAAAAUGGGAAGUAUUUCCAGGGAAAAAUCGCUUUUAUUGCGAUGGACGGAUUAUUCUGGCCAGACAAAGUGGUAUCCUGCCUCUGACACUCGGCCUUAUCAUUGUCACAAGUGGCCUUUUCUUUGCAUUCGAGUAAGUGGCUAUGCUUUAUAAUAUUGCUUUGCUUUUGUUUAACCUAACGUUACCAGUAUAGACAGCCAUCUAACGUUAGCUGCAUAGGUAACUAGGUAGCUAACAUUACUUCGUUGAGUAGGCUUCCUCAGUUAUUCAAAGUAGCUGACUAGUUAACUAACAGUGAAGCUCAGGGCCAUACAUACCUACCUGUCUGUUUUUUCUUCUUAGAAAAAAAAUGCGAUCUCUGUUUUUGCUUUUGUUUAUUUUGUGUAUAAUUUGUAAGUCGCUCUGGAUAAGAGAGUCUGCUAAAUGACUUAAAUGUAAAUGUAUAUUUGAAUUGAGCUUGUCUCUGGUUCAGGUAGAUUUUACUGAGUUGUACAGUAGGCCUAUUAGAAUGGGUGUCUCAACCACUCAAGGCCAGGGACAGACAAAAGCUCUCAUGUCCUCUUUUGUCCUCUUGCAGCUGCCCAUUCCUGGUGACUCACCUGACCGUCUGCAUACCUGUGAUUGGUGGAGCGUUGUUUGUGUUUGUGGUCACCUCCCUACUGCAGACCAGCUUUACAGACCCCGGCAUCCUGCCUAGGGCCCUGCCAGAUGAGGCUGCAGACAUUGAGAAGCAGAUAGGUAAGAUAGACUUAGGAUAUAGUGUAACAGACUGGGGUGAUGGCUAGACCAGCUGGGGUAUAUCUGGGCUCAACUGUUUCAGUGGCGGUCAUAGUAGAUUAAAAUCCUUCAGCAGUAUCAGUGUAUUCAGUUAAGAUUUUGUUUCAUAUGUGAUCAUUUUGCUGUUUACAACAUUAUUGUAUUGACGUCAGAGAAUCAAUCCCUCCCUCUAACCCUCCCCUGAUUCAAGACACCUCAGGUUCCUCCACGUACCGCCCCCCUCCGCGCACCAAAGAAAUCCUCAUUAACCAGCAGGUGGUGAAGCUUAAGUAUUGCUUCACCUGCAAGAUGUUCCGCCCUCCUCGGACCUCACACUGCAGUAUGUGUGACAACUGUGUGGGUAAGGACUGUAUGGGUAAGGACUCUGUUGUUCAGUGUCCAAAUAUGGCACAUCUCUAAUUUGUAAAUGGCCUGCCCUCAGAGCGGUUCGAUCACCAUUGCCCGUGGGUGGGGAACUGUGUGGGCAAGCGCAACUACCGCUUCUUCUACAGCUUCAUAGUCUCUCUCUCCUUCCACACCUCCUUCAUCUUCGGUUGUGUCGUCACACACCUCAUGCUGCGUACGUAUGCUCACUCGCAAACAAACAUGAAUGUACUUUGUUGUCUCCUUCCCUGCUGUUCCAUGACAAUAUUGACCGUGGAGUGUUAGUAUUGGGUUGCUGACUUUUUACCUUUCUGUUUUUCAGGAUCCCAAGGAGGGAAUGGCUUAGUCCUGGCCUUACAGGAGAGUCCUGCCAGAUAUCCUUUUCACACCAAACAUUCUCUCAUUACAAUCCCUAUAGUGGCUUAGAUGCCCACAGUGCUGCUCUUGCUCUUAGCCCAGAGAUACAAGUUGACAAGGCUUUAGUUCCUGGUGCUAAGACUUUGGCCUAAGCCUACUCAUUCCUAAUAGGAUCAGUUCCCUGGAACCCAUUCUUCACACACUUGCAAUCGUGUAAGCCUGUGGCUUUUAGACAGAUGGCAAAACUUCAGAGGCAGGUGUGCACCCUAAUGUUGUCACACUGGCUAGACACAUUAUGUGGUUAACAAUAGAGGCUUUUGUGAUUUCUUCUAAACCCAGGACAUGGUGAGCAGUACAGUUAGAAAUAUGGUAUAAUUGCAGUUCAGGGGAACCAGUAGUUAGGCCUUCAUUGCUCUAAUAUUGUGAUUCUGAUUGUGAUUCCCUAAGAUUAACACAAUAAGGCCUUGUGAUGAUCAUGUAGUUCUUAUUCUUGAUAAUCAUUGUUGAUAACCUUUGCUGGCGUAUGUUGAAGCCUUGACAAGCCUUCUCUCACUGUGGUUGAGCUAGUUAUUUGCUUCUUCUCCAUCUGGUCUAUUCUGGGCCUCUCAGGUUUCCAUACAUACUUGGUGGCCUUCAACCUCACAACAAAUGAAGAUGUAAGUACCAACCAUAGACAUUGAAAAUAGUAGAUAGUGAUAGCGCUGACGUCAUCCACGUAUUCCUAUGGAAAACUCCCGAUGGCAUAAGAGGCCGGAAGUAUUUUAAUAUGAAGCGCCCCAUAUUGCUGAAUAGGGCUGAAUGGCACCAAAAAUCGCUAAGGAUCAUGGUCGAUGUAGUCGUUUUCACCCUGCCUGAUAGUCAACCCGGAGCCUCAUAGCCUGCCGGCCCAUGAAUGGUCUGUGUCAGCACGUGGUCCUGUGUGAUGACAAAUGUAGUAGUCAGAAUGGAUCACUAUUUAAUUAAAUGUCUCGAUUUGUAGCUAACUUGAAAAUAAUUCACAGUGGGGAUCGAACUUGAUCAUAAUAAACACAUUUUAGAGGCCAAAACGGCGGUCUAAAAAAAUUAGUUUGGCCCAGUCUGGCAAUCGUAAUUUACAUAGGCUUUCUAGGGCAGACCAAGGCAUUGGGCACCACUAGGUUGCUAUUCAGAACAGAACUCAUUACUGCAUUGGAGAAAUUAGAGGCUUCACGAGUAACUGAAGAUUAGCUACAUUUUUUACAUUACAUUUUUAGUCAUUUAGCAGACGCUUUUAUCCAGAGCGACUUACAGUUAGUGAAUACAUAUUUUUUGUAUUUUUUUUAUACUGGCCUCCCAUGGGAAUCGAACCCACAACCCUGCCGUUGCAAACGCCAUGCUCUAUCAACUGAGCUACAUCCCUGCCGGCCAUUCCCUCCCCUACCCUGGACGACGCUGGGCCAAUUGUGCGCCGCCCCAUGGGUCUCCUGGUCGCGGCCGGCUGCGACAGAGCCUGGAUUCGAACCAGGAUCUCUAGUGGCACAGUUAGCACUGCGAUGCAGUGCCUUAGACCACUGCGCCACUCAGGAGUGGCUACCUAUAAGAUGUUUUGUUUCGUACUCUACACAUUCUUUUUUUAUGGAUUGUUUCUAAAAUGUUAUUGAACAGAUGGUGAGAGAGACAGAGGUCGAAGAUAGAGAGUGGUUGUGUGAAAGGGCAGGUGGACGAUUUGAACCUAUGCUGACACGAUAGACAUUGUGCCGGAGGAAGCGGGAUUGCUGCUAGACCACCAAGGCCACACUACACAUUCUAAGUACCCAAGUAUACAGUACUUGAAUGUUUGAUCCUGCUAAGUCUCCAGACUGCUUCUUACCUUUUGUAUCUGUCAUGUGCAGAUAAAAGGCUCCUGGUCGAGUAAAAGAGGUGCAGAGGACUCUGGGAAUCCCUACACUUACGACAAUAUCUUUACCAACUGCUGUGCAACGCUGUGUGGGCCCAUGCCCCCCAGGUCAGUACGAAUGGCUAAACCUCCACGUCAGUCAAAGUUGCUACUGUCGUAUGAAAUGUAUCUCAGUUCACCUUUCGUUAAACUCUGCUCCCAACUACCUCAAGGCUAACCAAUAAUUAUACUUGCAAUCAAUGAAAUGUCCUCAUGGGUAUGGAAAUGGUCUAUCUAUGUAUCUUUUUACAUUCAUCUUUUCCCCUCAUGUCUUUCAGUCUAAUUGACAGAAGAGGCUUUUUGCCCCCUGAAGACAUUCCACCUGCUGUUGCAGUGGACAUGGAGCGUCCCCCUUUCCUGGCCAAGAAUGACACAAACAUGGUAGGGGCGCCAUCUAGUGGCUACUUGUCCUGACUGUGCUGUAGCUCCAAAGUUUCAACCCUGACCCUCUGAGAAUCUCAAUUGCAUACUCUUCACGUCCUCUCUCCGCGAGGAGUAUGUAAUUGAGAUUCUGCCCCUGUGUGCCUGGCCUGCAUGAGCCCACUAUAUCCCCUUCAGACCCCCCCACACACAUAUUGUGUCAUAAGAGGGAGGAUGGUGCACAUUUUAUUAUUAUUAUGCACAUUAGGGAUGGGACACUGCAUCCAUGAACAUUACGUGUAUUGCUUUUAGUGUUUAUAAAAAAAAAAGCUGAUUUACAUAAUUGUUAUUUGCCUGAAUCGGAACUACCUGUUAGCUGUACUCCUAUGUUUUUUGUUGCAAGUUCAUAUAUUUGUAUAGUUCAAAGUUUUCCACACUCAUGUUUAUUGCACCUGUGUGGACCAGGCUAUAAGUGUAGAUAUCCACAAGGGAAAUUAAAUGGCUGAGGUUUGUAUAAGCUAAUUUCUUGCAACAGAGAUGCUUUCAGCAAUCGGGUAAACUCUGGGUUUAAAUACAGUACCAGUCAAAAUUUUGGACACCUACUCAUUCAAGGGUUUUUCUUUAUUUUUACUAUUUUGUACAUUGUAGAAUAAUAGUGAAGACAUCAACACAUUGAAAUAGCACAUGGAAUCAUGUAGUAACCAAAGAAGUGUUAAACAAAUCAAAAUAUAUUUUAUAUUUGAGAUUCUUCAAAUAGCCACCCUCUGCACACUCUUGGUAUUCUCUCAACCACCUGUAAUGCUUUUCCAACAGUCUUGAAGGAGUUCCCACAUAUACUUAGCACUUGUUGGCUGCUUUUCCUUCACUCUGCCGUCUGACUCAUCCCAAACCAUCUCAAUUGAGUUGAGGUCGGGGGAUUGUGGAGGCCAGGUCAUCUGAUGCAGCGCUCCAUCACUCUACUUCUUGGUAAAAUAGCCCUUACACAGCCUGGAGGUGUGUUGGGUCAUUGUCCUGUUGAAAAACAAAUUAUAGUCCCACUAAGCCCAAACCAGAUGGGAUGGCAUAUCACUGCAGAAUGCUAAAUCAAUCACACAGUCUCACCAGCAAAGCACCCCCACACCGUAACACCUCCUCCUCCAUGCUUUACGGUGGGAACUACACAUGCGGAGAUCAUCCGUUCACCCACACCGCGUUUCACAAAGACACAGCGGUUGGAACCAAAAAUCUCCAAUUUGGACUCCAGACCAAAGGACACAUUUCCACCGGUCUAAUGCCCAUUGCUUGUUUCUUGGCCCAAGCAGGUCUCUUCUUCUUAUUGGUGUCCUUUUAGUAGUGAUUUCUUUGCAGCAGUUUGACCAUGAAGGCCUGAUUCAAACAGUACCCUCUGAACAGUUGGAUGUUGAGAUGUGUCUGUGACUUGAACUCUGUGAAGCAUUUAUUUGGGCUGCAAUUUCUGAGGCUGGUAACUCGAAUGAACGUAGAGGUAACUCUGGGUCUUCCAUUCCUUUGGUGGUCCUUAUGAGAGCUAGUUUCAUCGUAGCGCUUGAUGGUUUUUGCGACUGCUCUUGAAGAAAUUUUCAAAGUUCUUGAAAUGUUCCGUAUUGACUGACCUUCAUGUCUUAAAGUAAUGAUGGACUGUCGUUUCUCUUUGCUUAUUUGAGCUGUUCUUGCCAUAAUAUUGACUUGGUCUUUCACCAAAUAGGGCUAUCUUCUGUAUACCCCUCCAUCCUUGUCACAUCACAACUGAUUGGCUCAAACGCAUUCAGAAGGAAAGAAAUUCCACAAAUUAACUUUUAAGAAGGCACACCUGUUAAUUGAAAUGAAUUCCAGGUGACUAUCUCAUGAAGUGUGCAAAGCUGCUAUCAAGGCAAAGGGUGGCUAUUUGAAGAAUCUCAAAUAUAAAAUAUAUUUUGAUUUGUUUAACACUUUUUUGGGGUACUACAUGAUUCCAUAUGUGUUAUUUCAAUGUUUUGAUGUCUUCACUUUUAUUCUACAAUGUAAAGAAAAUAGUAAAAAUAAAGAAAAACCCUUGAAUGAGUAGGUUUGUCCAAACCUUUGACUGGUAGUGGAGAUGUCAGGUAUGUUUUUUUAUUAAGUACUUUAUCACCAAUCAUAUUGUAUUCACUUACAGGCAGGUCUUUGAAAAUCAUGUUUAUUACGAUCUGUUUUGUUUUGAAUAACUACUUUUAUUUUUUUUCUCCAAAUUAAGACAACAUUUAGGGUGUCCAAUCAAAAACGCAUCUUUUGACCAAUUGGUAAAAUAUGUCACAAUAUGUCAAUUGUGUUGAUAAUCCUCUAAGAAAACAAAUGGUCCAAACCUCAUGUCUCUAUCAUAAUCCGUUCAAAAUGUAUUGGAGUUUAGUAGGAUUGUCAAAAUUAGGGGGACUAAAUCAGUGGAGGCCAGAGAAAAAAAGUUGUCUGAAAUAGGGCUGUGGCAGUCAUGACAUUUUGUCAGCUGAUGAUUGUCAUGCAAAUAACUGCCGGUUUUACUGUAAUUGACCAUUUUUAAAUUAACAUUUUUAGCAUCUCCUGGCUUCCAUGCAUAGCCUACAAGCCUAAAACUCAAAUAAAUCCAUAGCCUACACAAUCACAAUAAAUCCAUUAUUUAUUUUAGAUGUAUUUGAUAUGAUAUGAAGAAAAUGUGGCCUAUUUCAGGAGAACAGAAUGGCAUAUUGUGUCCUUAUCUUAGGCCCUGAUCUGGCUAUGCCAUAUGGCUGUGGGCUACACUAGUUCAUUUAGCAGACAAGAUUUGCUUAGAAUUCCAUGGCAUUAUUUUAUAGUAUGAAGAAUACAAUUGAACAUAUCUGAAUAAAAUAGAAAGGAUAUUUUCUCCAAACAAUUUACGAUGGAGUUUUUCGGCUAUUCUGUGUCGAGCAGUUAUCGAAGAAAUGGGUCCUCCUAUAUGCUUAAUUUACAGUUAUUUACGCAACUUUAGUUGUGAUACAAAUGUUAGGCUAUAUGUUUUGAGUUUUAAUACAUUCUAUGGCUGCAUUGUGCGACUAACAAUGAUUUAAAAAAAGUUGCAUGAAAGGCAUGAGCUCUUCUCUGUUUCUUGCGCAGGCUGCAGACACUUCAUCAGUCUCUCAUUCACAAUUUGACAAGCACUUGAUAAUAUUCUCACCCAUCAGACUAUUCUUAAUUGAAUCUGGUCUUUACAUAUAGCCAAUGGGUGAAAUUAUUUUUGAUUUAUAAUGUCCCAUGAAUAGCGAAUGGAGGUUACGUGCUGUUACAUUUUUAAUGUGCAAGAAUAGGCAGCGCGUCCAUAAGGCUAGGGGAAGCUAAACUUUUCCUAAAGUAAAUUGAAUUAAAUUGCCAAAAUUAUAUAGCCUAAUUAGCUAUAUAAUAAAUAAACAAUUCAAAAUAGACUACUAAAUCAUGAUUUGGCCACAGAGGAUCAUUAGCUUCUUAAAAAAUAUAUAUAAUUGUGGAAUGUUAUAAAUCAUAUUGCCUACAGUUGGAAGGAAAGCAAUUUGGGCAGAUUAUUGUUGAGUUGCAACUGUCUGUGAAAAGUAGAGGCCAGGCAUAUCGCAAUAUUUCAAAAUACAAUCACAGGAUAACAUAGUUUGGAAAGCAAAUGGUUAUUGCUGUAAAGAGAAGACAAUGAAAAUACUAAUCUGUCUUUUAGUUAUCAAACUUCUCAACUUAAUUGAUUGAACAGUAUAGCCUAUCUUAUUGGCACAAGUGGAGAGCAUUGGCCAUAUCCCCGGUGAGUGUGCUCUGUGCAUAUUCACUAUUUAUCAUUGUUGGGUCAGUGCUACUUAAAUGUUUUGGCUAUCCAAUCUACUCAUCACAUUACAAAUAGUAGGCUAUCUUACAUAAGUCUGCAAAUGCGAUGAUGCAUGGAAUGCUUUAUUAUAAAGGUGCAUUUUUAUGGUGACAAUUAGCUUCCCCAAAGUUGAAACUCACACGCCGCCUAUGUAUGCCAGGUUUUAAAACAGGUUAAUGUGCUUAAUUUUAAUAAUUGAGCAAUAAAUAUAGCAGCACAAGAAAGCUGGGAUCCUCUUUUUAAAUAGUUGCCAGUCAACUCUGUUUUCACAUGCGAUUGUGCGGUGACUGUGCUUAUAAGAACACAUUUCAUUAGGCUCUGUAGGCUAUGUGCUUUCUAACCGUGUUCUAGGGGUCCUAGGCCUAAAGGCUAAGUUUGGCGUUAUUUGGCCAUUUUUAUUUGUGAUACAAACCUUAUCAAAACAUAUAGGCCUAUGGGCUAGGCUACAUAAUGUGUGUGACUAUGAUUUGAAAAAGUCGCAAAAAAUGUUGUGCUGUUUGUUGCCUUACUGCACAUGCUGGGCAUCAUUCACCAGUGAUAAUAUUGUCACCCAUCAGACUAUUCUUAAUUUAAUUUUGUCUUUACAUAUACUAAAUAAUGUAUGUGUGAAAUUAGUUUUGAUUUAGAAUGGACCAUUAUCAUGCACCUGUCGGAACAGGGCAGUGGAAAAAAAAUACAUAAUCUAUGCACUACAUCAUCUACGCACUUAAAUAGCGAAUGGAGGACACUUUUCCUGCGGUUCAUUCCCACCAGGUAGGCUAUACUCCUGUUGUAAAGCAAAGCACUGUGCUUAAUAUUAGGAAAGUUUAGAAAUAAAUAUAGUAGGCCUAGCCUAUAGAAAGCUGAUGGGAUCCCCCUCUUUUUAAUAGAGGCCAUCAAAACUCUGUUUUCUCACGCAAUUGCAUAGCCUAUAGAAAUGUUGCGCAACAUGAGCUCAUGGGCUCUCAUUAAGUGUUUGAUUAGAUUUUUGAUAAUAUUUGCAUUGAUGUCCGAGUGAUUUAGAGGGACAAUAAAUCGCUGAGUACCAGGCCAUUAGUAGGUAGGCUACUAAUGACCAUCAGCAGCAUCAGAGCGCAGUUUUGGUGUCCACAUCACCAAUGAACUAUCAUGGUCCAAACACACCAAGACAGUCGUGACGAGGGCACGACAAAGCCUAUUUCCCCUCAGGAGACUGAAAAGAUUUGGCAUGGGUCCUCAGAUCCUCAAAAAGUUCUACAGCGAGAGCAUCCUGACUGGUUGCCUGGUAUGGCAACUGCUCGGCCUCCGACUGCAAGGCACUACAGAGGGUAGUGCGUACGACCCAGUAAAUCACUGGGGCCAAGCUUCCUGCCAUCCAGGACCUCUAUACCAGGCGGUGUCAGAGGAAGGCCCUAAAAAUUGUCAAAGACUCCAGCCACCCUAGUAAUAGACUGGCAAGUGGUACCGGAGUGCCAAGUCUAGGUCCAAAAGGCUUCUUAACAGCUUCUACCCCCAAGCCAUAAGACUCCUGAACAGCUAAUCAAAUGGCUACCCAGACUAUUUGCAUUGUCCGCCCCCCACCUCCUCUUUUACGCUGCUGCUACUCUCUGUUUAUUAUCUAUGCAUAGUCACUUUAACUCUAUCUACAUGUACAUAUUACCUCGACUAACCUGUGCCCCCGCACAUUGACUCUGUACCAGUACCCCCUGUAUAUAGCCUCGCUACUGUUAUUUUACUGCUGCUCUUUAAUUCAGCUUGUGUCAUGCUAAUUUUGCUGUUUUCGGCCCUUGGAAACAACUUGUAAGACACCAGCCACAAAAUGUAAAAUCCUUAAGUUUCAUCGAAAGCUGCACCGCUCUGUCAACUGAGCUCGGUGCUUAUUAUCGGAUGCAUUAGCUUACGAAAUUAGAUAUAAUGUUGGUGAUAUGUUAGAGAAAGACCCCACUGAACGAUUCAGAACAUGAGGAAUCAUAUUUGUCUUGGUAAAAUUGAUUUUAUAACAUAAGAAAGUGAAAUGUCAUAACCAAAGUGCGUUUACACCCACUCUGGGCACCCUACUGAAUUAUUAUAUAUUUUUAUCCUAUAAUAUGGAGCGUUGUAGAGGCGUAAUUGUCAAGUGUUCCUAUCUUAAAUAAAUAUUUUUAAGGUUGGCCUCUGGUUUAAGUUUCCUUCAUCUUGGCUUAGUAAUGAUCUUUACCUGUUUUUAUGAAAUUAUUUUCUGUUUUUUAAUCUGUUUGAGUAACUCCAUAUUACCAUCAGUUUAUCCUGCAGUCCUGAGGCCUUUUCUCCCUUAGUAGCUUUUUACAAUUUGAGUGACUCUCCUUUUAUACCAGGACUAAACUGACAGAUCUCUGUACUCCACAGUGUGUAACAUUUACAUUUACAUUUUAGUCAUUUAGCAGACGCUCUUAACCAGAGCGACUUACAGGAGCAAUUAGGGUUAAGUGCCUUGCUCAAGGGCACAUUAACGUCAUUUAGCAGACGCUCUUAGCCAGAGCGACUCACAAAUUGGUGCGUUCACCCUAUAGCCAGUGGGAUAACCACUUUACAAUUUGGGGGGGGGGGGUUAGAAGGAAUACUUUAUCCUAUCCCAGGUAUUCCUUAAAGAGGUGGGGUUUCAAAUGUCUCCGGAAGGUGGUGAGUGACUCCGCUGUCCUGGCGUCGUGAGGGAGCUUGUUCCACCAUUGGGGUGCCAGAGCAGCGAACAGUUUUGACUGGGCUGAGCGGGAGCUAUGCUUCCGCAGAGGAAGGGGAGCCAGCAGGCCAGAGGUGGAUGAACGCAAUGUCCUCGUUUGGGUGUAGGGACUGAUCAGAGCCUGAAGGUACAGAGGUGCCGUUCCCCUCACUGCUCCAUAGGCAAGCACCAUGGUCUUGUAGCGGAUGCGAGCUUCAACUGGAAGCCAGUGGAGUGUGCGGAGGAGGGGGGUGACGUGAGAGAACUUGGGAAGGUUGAACACCAGACGGGCUGCGGCAUUCUGGAUGAGUUGUAGGGGUUUAAUGGCACAGGCAGGGAGCCCAGCCAACAGCGAGUUGCAGUAGUCCAGACGGGAGAUGACAAGUGCCUGGACCAGGACCUGCGCCGCUUCCUGUGUAAGGCAGGGUCGCACUCUCCGAAUGUUGUAGAGCAUGAACCUGCAGGAGCGGGUCACCGCCUUGAUGUUGGCGGAGAACGACAGGGUGUUGUCCAGGGUCACGCCUAGGCUCUUCGCACUCUGGGAGGAGGACACAGCGGAGUUGUCAACCGUGAUGGCGAGAUCAUGGAACGGGCAGUCCUUCCCCGGGAGGAAGAGCAGCUCCGUCUUGCCAGGGUUCAGCUUGAGGUGGUGAUCCGUCAUCCAUACUGAUAUGUCUGCCAGACAUGCAGAGAUGCGAUUCGCCACCUGGUUAUCAGAAGGGGGAAAGGAGAAGAUUAGUUGUGUAUCGUCAGCGUAGCAAUGAUAGGAAAGGCCAUGUGAGGAUAUGACAGAGCCAAGUGACUUGGUGUAUAGGGAGAAAAGGAGAGGGCCCAGAACCGAUCCCUGGGGGGCACCAGUGGUGAGAGCACGUGGUGCGGAGACAGCUUCCCGCCACGCCACUUGGUAGGAGCGACCGGUCAGGUAGGACGCAAUCCAGGAGUGAGCCGCGCCGGAGAUGCCCAUCUCGGAGAGGGUGGAGAGGAGGAUCUGAUGGUUCACAGUAUCAAAGGCAGCAGACAGGUCUAGAAGGACAAGAGCAGAGGAGAGAGAGUUAGCUUUAGCAGUGCGGAGAGUCUCCGUGACACAGAGAAGAGCAGUCUCAGUUGAAUGACCAGUCCUGAAACCUGAUUGGUUUGGAUCAAGAAGGUCAUUCUGAGAGAGAUAGCAAGAGAGUUGGCUAAAGACGGCACGCUCAAUAGUUUUGGAAAGAAAAGAAAGAAGGGAUACUGGUCUGUAGUUGUUGACAUCAGUGGGGUCGAGUGUUGGUUUUUUGAGAAGGGGAGUAACUCUCGCUCUCUUGAAGACGGAAGGGACAUGGCCAGCGGUCAAGGAUGAGUUGAUCAGCGAGGUGAGGUAGGGGAGAAGGUCACCGGAGAUGGUCUGGAGAAGGGAGGAGGGGAUGGGGUCAAGCGGGCAGGUUGUUGGGCGGCCUGCAGUCACAAGUAACUCCCAGUUUUGUAAUGUGUCCUUCCCACCCCACUAUAGGAGGAGAAUUGUCAAGAUUUUACUCUGUCCUGCACAGCCUGAAGUGUAACUUCCGCAUGUAGAGGGUCGAUGGUAAGAGUAGGGCUCAAGCUCCAACCCAUCACCACACGUUUAUUUUUGCUGUCAUCUGUUCGGUUUGCAUGUUCAUCAUGUGUGGCUGCUAUCAUAAGUAACUGUGAAAUGACAUCACAAUUUGUGAGAAAUAUCUCUGUUUGGAUACUGGCUUAUCACCCAUCCAAUUUGAGUUGGUUUUAAUUUCAGUUAGUACAUUGUAUUCAUCACUCAGUAGAACAAGUGUCACUGUUGACUAUCACAAGGUCAAGUGGAAAGGUGUUGUGAAUUGAGCCAUGGUAUGUUGUGGGGCAUCAUGAUGUGCCUUACCUCUGGAACUGCAUGCCACUCUGCCACUAUUUGAGCCAUAACUUAUCUUUCAUCUCCCUCUUCAUGAAUCUGCAUGCCCAUUCUAGGCAUAAUAAUAAAUAAUAUGCCAUUUAGCAGACGCUUUUAUCCAAAGCGACUUACAGUCGUGCGUGCAUACAUUUUUGUGUAUGGGUGGUCCCGGGGAUCGAACCCACUACCUUGGCGUUACAAGCGCCGUGCUCUACCAGCUGAGCUACAGAGGACCACAUACACAAAGGCAUGUGGAUGUCAUGCUGAUGACUUGAUGUAGAACACACAGCUUAGAACAACCGCAGCAUCAUAUUGUCAAACUUGGGCCAUUCCUAUUUUCAAUCAUUGUCUCUUAUGCCCUGGGGCAGCUGAGCACAUGUGGUGAGGUCAGAGGUUACGGUAGCCUAAAUCCUAAACACUCAUCUGUUGUUCAUGUCACUUAUCCAGUUUGAUAAGGAAAGGUACUUACUUUCCUCCCCCAAUUGCAUAUGGGUAUCAUAUACCCCAGUAUAAUGAGGAUAUUUCAUGAUAGAUGAUAGUGUACUGACAAAGAACACACACCCUAUUCUUAUUUACUGUAUUUGUAUUGUAUUUAUUCACUAGAAAUGGUGUCACUAGAAGCAUAAAUGCAAUGGACAGGAUAAACUUUGUUUAUGUAACAGCAGCCAAACUAAAGUAGCCUAACUGUAACUCGUGCUUCUCGAAUUACAUUCUACCCCCUACUACUACAGUAUUGCCUUCCUUGCUGUUGCUAAUAAUGGAUACUUUCCCUGGUAUAAACAAGCCCAUCUUGUCAACCCCGGUGACCCAAGGGAAACCAUACAGCUUGUCCUGUCCUACAUAUCCUCACUCCCCUAACAGAGGAGGGAAGGGAAGCUUCCCCAAGCUUUGUGUCUGAUCGUCUCUUUUGUCUUUGUUCCUCCCUGUCCUAUGCUAACUGGAUUGCCUGCAACAACUCACUCUUUCUCCGCAAUGCCAUGCUGUCACACCUAACCUGGCCAUUGCUCUUAUGUCAAUCUCACUGUGCUGCUCCAAACUAAUGCUUGUUUUCAGCUCCUGUGCAUUUCCAUGAACUGUGUUCUGCCAUACCAUUGUCGUCCGUCUCUCACUUCCUCAUAUCCCUUCGUCUUUUUCCUCUUGCGUUUCCGUUUCUCAUUUUUCCCUUUUUCUUGACUUCUCUGCCUUCCUCCUUUCUUCACACAGUGCACUCAGAGGACUAAGGACCUUCUGGAGAGGGUGAUCCGCUCUUCUGAGCUCCAGGGCCUGUGGCCCCCCGGCACCCCCAAGACUGUCCCUGGCCAGGAGUUGAGAGCCAGCCCAGAGUCCAGGUCCCCAGCCCCCUCCUCCUCCGCUGGGCCUCCCUCCACGGGCUGCUCUAGGUCCGCCAAUGGGUUUCCCGCCACGGGCUGCUCUGGGUCUGCCAAUGGGCCUCCCCCAACGGGGUGCUCAGGGCGCCAGGCCCCGCCCAUGGACUGUCGCCCUGUGAGCAGCAGCAAGAGACCCUCACUGCACUCCAACAACCCGGCCUUCCGCCUGGCCAGCCCCUCUCCCUCCUUCACCCACAAUACCAUCAUCCUGGGAGACGCUCCUGACAUGGGCUUCAUCCAACUGCACUGA